GUGGCAAAGCAGCCGGUCGCGGGAUUAAAAAAUGCACUUUUCUUUCUCUUAUCAGUUUUAACUUUCGCAAAUGGUAUUCACAACGACAAAUUUUCAGAAGAGCUCUUUAUAAAACCCUUUUCUAGUGGACAUGUCAUGUUUCAUUUCCAGUUCAUAACUAUUUGGAAUGUGUCGAUCGAUAAACCGGAAUCAUUUCAACACUAUCACCUGUUUCCCAAAUCACUUGGUGAUGUUUUAACAACAUACAAAGUGAAAGAAUUGCAUCUAAGUCAAACACAAGGACUAUGGAAACAUGAUAAAUGGGGAUACCCUCCAGAGGAUGCACCCCCAGGGGCAGAGUUGUGGGUAUGGUUCCAACCUCAUGUUGGUGUUGAUAAGACCUGGGCUGAUCUUGUUAAUGCUUUAUCUGGCUUGUUCUGUGCUUCUCUGAACUUCAUGGACAAUAAGUCAACUGUGCAGCCGCGAUGGAGUUUCCGACCCACAGGAUUGGCCUCAGAGUUUUACAGUGCAGAUACACGGUUCAUCAGGUAUUCCACACUUCCAAGAGAGGUGGUCUGUACAGAAAACCUGACUCCAUGGAAGAAACUCCUGCCAUGCGAAUCCAAGAUUGGUCUUGCCAGUUUGCUUAACUCUGUAAAGCUCUAUGAUGGAUUUUAUCACUCACUUGGGGUCCAUGUCAGAUCUAUAUGUCAGGAUUCCCAAUGUCACACACAGGCUACAGAGCUAAAGCAGACACUGACCGUUGUAUAUGAUCCCACUACAAAUAAAAAUGGCAAACAAGACUGGAGUUUUCAGAGCAUGUUUGACAGAACUCUACAGUCCCAGUGUCCAAUGGCUGAGACUAGGAAGAUCUAUGUGGAUGUGACAUCACAGGAUACUUAUCCCAAAUUUACAUUGACCCCUCUACCAGAUUUUACUUUGAAUCAAAAGCGACCUGGAGAGGAGAGAAAGAUUGCUGUGUAUGAAAUUGGAAAUCAUUUAUCAAUGAACAAACUAAAUCUGAAAGCUACAUAUGAGGAGAAGAUCAAAUUCACAAAUUCCUCUCUGCCACCUAUCUAUGCCAACAGAUUUGUAACAGGAUACGGACUGGAGAGAGGGGGUGUUACAUGUAUGAUCUAUAACACUAUGGAAUUCAACACUACAGUCAUCUUCAUGGAGACAGUGCCCUGGUUCUUGAGAGUGUACUUUAGCUCACUCGAGAUAGAAAACAAUGGAAGGGAACUUAAACCUUAUAAAAUCAACUUCAUACCAGCAAAGGACCGAGCCAAUCCAUACCAAAUGGAGAUAGUGUUUCGACUCUUUGCCAACUCAGUCACAAAAAUCACAUAUUCAUUUGAGCGAGCUUUCCUGAAGUGGACAGAGUAUCCACCAGAUGCCAAUCAUGGCUUCUACAUCAGCUCCGCAGUGAUAUCCAGUGUGUUGCCACUAGCCAGUAAUUAUACAGCAGUUCCUCAGUCUGUCUCACUUCUGGAGGAAAGUUUCACUAGCAGUUCCGGGUCAUUUUUCCUGCGGUUACACACUGAAGCUUUGCUGGUCUCCCUCCCCACUCCUGACUUCAGCAUGCCCUAUAAUGUGAUUUGUCUGGCCUGUACAGUUGUCGCCAUCGCAUUUGGUUCUCUUCACAAUCUGACCACCAGAGACUUCACUGCUUCAGAUCCAAACAAAAAGAAAGGACUCAUAACUAAGAUAAAAACUUACUUUAAAAAGGAUCAAAAUAAAACAAAGGAGGAGGAUUCUUCAGGAGAACCAGAUAAAUCAAGUGAAAAUGACAAAGAUAAUUCAAGUAAUUCUAAAGAAGAGACAAAGAUAAAAGACACAGACUCUGAUACAUGAUCACUCCAGGCACUUUUACAGAACAAACAUCGAUACUCUAUAUGCAAGAACAUAUUAUUUUGAUAUCCAUCGUUGAUUUAUGUUCUUUCACUAAACAAUACCAUAUUUUUUUUUUUACCUAAGAUAAAUGUUUUUGUACUUAUAGUCAUUUACACCCAAACACUGAUUUUAAUUCCAUUUUUGAAUAUCUGUAUGUGUAUUUUAAUAGUUGUUUGUGUACAUGAUACAUCCUUCAUCACGCUUUUGUAAACUUUGUUAAAAUUGUUAACGGAGAUGACAGUGAAACAGUUCAUCAGGUGUUGUAGCAGGUUAGAUGAAACAACAAUAAUGGUCAAUCAAUGUACAUGUAAACUGUGUAUGAGAGUAUAUCAAAAAAGGAUGAGAUGCAUUGUAGGUAGAUACACAUUGCCUUGUACAUCAAGGCAUGCAGGACUUGUUCCAAUCAUAUUGAAUUCUCUUCAAUGAAUACUGUGGAAUCAUUAGAUUUUGUGAUGGCUCAAUACUCCUGGAAUUCGUGAGUACCCCUUCAUCUAUGAAUUUACAUCCUCCAUGAAUUAAUAAGCUAGGAUUUCAAAGUCAUAUUUCCUUUUGUAUAUAUGAAUGAAUACACAAAAUUAUGUCCACAUGCACCUGUAAAAUUUAAGCAAUCCACAAAAAUUGGUCUCCACAAAUUUUGAUGAUUUCACAGUAUCUGUGAAGUGGGUCAUUUUACAUUUUUUUUUUUUUACAUGAUUCAUACUUUCUUUAGAAGUGAUAAAUUACAUUUUGAAGGUACAUAAAUGGGUAUGUAGUAUAUUUUAAUCUAUUGAAUUGAAAGUGAAAUUGAAUAAAUUCAGUUUCUACCAAAUACUGAUGAAUGAAUUUUGAUGUAUCAAAACAAAAUUCCAUGAAAUUUUAUGUACCUUGAUAUAUCAUACCUUGUUAUAAUGAUCUCCUGAUAUAUUUUUGUUCACACUGCUGAACAUUAUUUGGAUGAUGACUUUGAUAUAUAUUUAAUAAGUAAAUAUUGUUGUUGCAUGUAAUGUUAUGCAUAUUUAGUCAUGAGUUGAACACUGAAAAUAUUUAUUAGGAUCUUGCAUCAAGUUGGAGGUGCCGUAUAGCAACCACUAAAUCAUCUGUCUGUCCGUCCAUUGAUACUUUUAUGUGACACAAUAACUGAAAGACUUCAUAUUUACUACAUAGAUGAAGGAUGGUUAGUGGAAGACAUCUAUGUUCUUUUUUUUAGCAAAAGGUCAAGGUUUACUAACUUUACAGACUUUGAACAGUAAAACACAUUUAUAACGAAGUGCCAUGGACGGACAAUUUUGCUAGUUAUAAACAUAAUUUGCUUUAUCCGUUAAGUUCACAAUAUAUUACAAAGCCACAGGAAAUGAAAAUCACUUCGCUGUAAACAUCAAUUCAAUAUAAGCGUGUUUGCUAUAAGCAUGUUUUACUGUACAUUCUACAUAUUUGGAUGGGAAAAAGCCUGUAGUUUUUUUUUGUCACUUGAUUAAAGGUCAAGGUCAUUGCUCAAAAUUUUUUGUAUGAUCAUUGUUAUGCAAUAACUUGAAUUUUGUAACAUCUGGACCUAUACAUGGAAUAUAUAAUUGGAGAAUGGAUUGAUGAAGAUGUAACAAAAUUGAGUCUUGGUCAAAAGUUGAAAUUAUUGCCAAAUGUAUAUGGUAUUCAAUUGAACUAGGAUCUCGAACAUUGAUACCAUGCAUAUGUUGAAGUGAGUUGGCAGUCCCAAUUACUGUUUCUUUAUGUAUUUUAUGGAUAUCUCUAAUCUUCAGAUAUUGCAAAGUUUUUCUCAGCACCAUUGAGUCCGAGAUAAGGAAGUUUGACUGUAUAUAUGGAGAUAACUCCUGUAAACUCUAGUAAAUUACAGAAUUAAAAGGUCAAAGGACAAGGUUGCUUCAAUCAUGAAUGACCAUUAUGGUGAAAUAAUUUGGAUGGGGCCACAAUGGGUGAUCAAAGUUUGAGAUAGGAAUAUAUAAGAAAAUUUUUUUAAAUAUCUUCUUCCCAAGAACCGCAAAACUAUUAGUCAUAUUUAUAUUGAAGCAUUUUGAAAUAGUGUAGAUUCAAGUUUGUUUAAUUCGUGACCCCAGGGGUUGGGGGUAGGGCCACAAUAUGUGAUCAAAGUUUUACAUAAGA